AUGACCCCUCGAGCUAAGGCACCCUACAUCACCUGUGAGCGAUUUAAGGAACUCUUCAAUGAGAAGUACUUUCCCCUGAAUUUAAGAAUGAAGAAAGAGAGAGAAUUCAUGGAACUAAAGCAAACCGGGGACAUGACUGUCGCCCAGUACGAGGAUGCUUUCAACCGAUUGAUCCGGUAUAUGCCUAUUUACAAAGGGGAUGAAAGAAUCAAAGCUCAGAAAUUUUUUGGGGGGCUGAAUCUGAAGCUUCAGAGGGCGUUGAGUAGUAUAAGUACUCAGUCCUAUUCAGAAGUGGUGUUGCAAGCUUUUACCACUGAAGCUAACCUAAGCCGAAUUGAAGCUAUCCAAGGAGAAAGUCAGCAAGGGAGCAGUCAUAAAGCAAGCAAGAAGCUGGAACUCCAGAAGCUGAAGUUCAAGCCUGGUACUCCGUGCACGAGAUGCCAGAAGCAGCACCCGAGAAGGCUGUUGAUGUGCCUAAAAUGCAAUGGCAAGUGCACCAGUCGAUCAAGUAAUAAAGUGAAUGAGUAA